CCCCGCGAGCGGACGCGCCAGCGCCUCUGUCUCGCUUUUUCUUAUUUUCUCCCCCUUUUCCCCCUUCCUUUUCUUUUCUUUUUUCCCCUUCCCCCCUUCCACCAUUUCCCCUCGGAGGCGCUUCCCUCGGGCAGGGGCAGAGCCGGCCUCACCCCGUGCCUCUCCCCGGCCCCCGCCGCCCUAUGGCGAGAGGGCGCCCCCUCCUCACCCGGGCACCAGCGGCGGCGGUCGGAGGAGCGGGACCGGCGGCGGCGGCCUCGGGCCCAGGGUCAUCAUGGAACUAGUUCGCUGAGUGACCCUUCGGCCGCAGCCGUGCGUCCCGCCCAAGUGCCCGCGCCCGCCGGCCCGGUCUGCCCUCUUCUCCCUCCUCAGACGUCCCGGCCCUGGUCCCGCGCGCCCCGCCGCCGCGCGCCGAGGAUCAUGAGGUGGUAACGGGCCCCCGGAUGACCCCGCGUCACCACUGUGAGGCCUACAGCUCUGCCGGGGAGGAGGAGGAGGAGGAAGAGGAGGAGAAGGUAGCUACAUCAAGCUGGGUGGCAGGCAGAUCCAAAGGGAUAUCAUGAAGUUUCCAGGACCUUUGGAAAACCAGAGAUUGUCUUCCCUGUUGGAAAGGGCAAUCUCCAGGGAAGCCCAGAUGUGGAAGGUGACUGUGCCGAAAAUACCUACAAAUCAGAAUGUUUCUCCAUCCCAGAGAGAUGAAGUAAUUCAAUGGUUGGCCAAACUCAAAUACCAGUUCAACCUUUAUCCAGAAACAUUUGCUCUGGCAAGCAGUCUUUUGGAUAGGUUUUUAGCUACGGUAAAAGCUCAUCCAAAAUAUUUGAAUUGUAUUGCAAUCAGCUGUUUUUUUCUGGCUGCUAAGACUGUUGAGGAAGAUGAGAAAAUUCCAGUGCUAAAGGUAUUGGCAAGAGACAGUUUCUGUGGAUGUUCCUCAUCUGAGAUUUUGAGAAUGGAGAGAAUUAUUCUGGAUAAAUUGAAUUGGGAUCUUCACACAGCCACACCAUUGGAUUUUCUUCACAUUUUCCAUGCCAUUGCAGUGUCAACUAGACCUCAGUUAUUUUUCAGUUUGCCCAAAUUGAGCCCGUCUCAACAUUUGGCAAUCCUGACCAAGCAGCUACUUCACUGUAUGGCCUGCAGCCAACUUCUGCAGUUCAAAGGAUCCAUGCUGGCUUUGGCCAUGGUUAGUCUGGAAAUGGAGAAACUCAUUCCUGAUUGGCUUCCCCUUACAAUUGAACUGCUGCAGAAAGCACAGAUGGACAGCUCCCAAUUGAUCCACUGUCGGGAGCUGGUGGCAUAUCACCUUUCUGCUCUGCAGUCUUCCCUGCCUCUAAAUUCCGUUUAUGUUUACCGUCCCCUCAAGCACACCCUGGUGACCUGUGACAAAGGAGCGUACAAAUUACAUCCUUCCUCUGUCUCAGGCCCAGAUUUCUCCAAGGACAACAGCAAGCCAGAAGUGCCAGUCAGAGGUCCAGCAGCCUUCCACCUUCAUCUCCCCGCUGCCAGUGGGUGCAAGCAUACCUCUGCUAAACGGAAAGUGGAGGAGAUGGAGGUGGAUGACUUCUACGAUGGGAUCAAGCGGCUCUAUAAUGAAGACAAUGGUUCCGAGAAUGUGGGUUCUGUAUGUGGCACUGAUUUAUCAAGGCAAGAGGGCCAUGCUUCCCCCUGUCCACCUUUGCAGCCUGUCUCUGUCAUGUAGUUUCAGGUGUCACCUUCCACUAAGGCUGACUACUCGGGGUGAGACUAGACAACCAGGAAAGGCUGUAGAGAAGGGCAUGUGCUUUAUCAGACUGAAGUGAGCCAGGAAAAAAGAAAAACACUCUUCUUGUUUUGUACGGUUACCUACAGUUCAACAUAAUUUAAUAUAAAGGCAUAUAUUUAUAGACUCAAGAUCCAAAAUGUAUUUAAAAGUGAAGCAAAAGUUCUUUGUACUAUGUCAGUUCUGCUUCAUUGUUAAAAUAAGUUUGCCCCAUGUCAAAAAGAAAAAAAAAAAUCAAUGUUUAGGGGAAAGUUGCAAACUCACAGCUUGGAACCUGUUCCCGUGUCCUUAUUUUCCUCUUGCCUAUUCUUGCCUCGGUUGAAUACUUACUAAGUUGUGUGCUUGUUGAUCUGUGUAUUCUGACUUCACUGAAUAAGUACCACCCACCUUUUCUUUUAAAGUAAUUCAGUAAAGAAAUUAUUUUUGUGUGGCAGCCAUGUUUAAUCCACGGUUCAAGUGUUUGGAAAGGGCGCUCUGAAGCCGUCCCCGUGAGUCAGAGGAGGAGGAAACACUCUCUGUGUGGCUCAUUUCAGUUGUUAGUUGAAAAAGAUUAUUGUCCUUUCUGUUUAUCUUGAAGCUUAAAAAAACGGCUUGUAAUUAGGACAUUUUAAGCAUUUGACAUUUAUAUAAAAGAAUUUCUGAUAAAGUUAAUAUAUCCAGGUGCUCACCAAAGAAACAUGUAACAUGUACGUAGAUUUUUUUUUUCAGUAACUGAUCUGUUUUCGCUCAUUUAUAAUCAGUAGAAGUAACUGUCUAGAUAUUGGGGCAGCCCUGAUUUGAGUCUGUAACUUAUAAUUGAAUUCAGUACCCUAGUUUUAUUUUACACUAUUAGGAUUUUCUUGAUAAGGAGUUAUUACCUUGUUUUUCUCUGAGCGACUUCUGGACCCUGAGCUCCCUUUGCAGUCUGAAGAUGGCACUGCAGUCAGAACCAUGUACUGCUGAUAAAGCCUCUGGUAGCAAUAAAAUGUUGUCCUUAA